AUGAAGAAGACAAAGAGCAAAAAGGGUGGUGGAGAAGAGGAUGAUGAUGAUGGGAAAAAUAAUCAUCACCCACAACAACAACAACAACAACAACAACAACAACAAGCGGCGGUGUGGAAAGGAUUCGCGAGCGGGUCGCUCGGGGCGAUGGCCUCGGGCGCGGUGACACACCCGAUCGAUUUGGUGAAGGUUCGGAUGCAGCUGUACGGGGAGUGCGCGUCCUCAGCGUUAGGAUCGAGUAGUAGUAGUUCUAGUAGUAGUAGUAAUGUUAAGCCACCGGGAAUGUUGAGAACCGGCGCUAUGGUGUUGGGCAAAGAAGGCGCUUUCGGCUUGUAUAAAGGUCUCUCCGCGUCUUUGUUAAGGCAGGCGACAUUUAUAGGGACCAAGUUUGGCACGUACGACGUUUUGAAAGCGACGAUGAGGAAAUACAACAACGGGGGGGAUAACGUAAAAGAGGACGAGAGUUUACCGUUUUAUCAGUUCGUGGCGUGCGGCAUCGGCGCCGGAGCGAUGGGCGCGGUCGUCGGGAACCCGGCGGAUUUGGCGAUGGUAAGAAUGCAAGCGGACGGGAGGUUGCCGGAACAUUUGAGGAGAAACUACACGAACGGUUUGAACGCAAUGUUUAGAGUUGCGAAAGAUGAAGGCGUGUUCGCGCUUUGGAGAGGCUCCGGGCCGACCGUGAACCGAGCGAUGAUCGUGACCGCUUCGCAAAUGGCCGUAUACGACAAGAGUAAAAACACGAUUUUAGAAGUCGCGCCGAGUUUAGGAAACGGAUUAGUCACGCAAACGAUGGCAAGUUUCGCCGCCGGCGUCGUCGCCGCGUUGACCUCGAACCCGAUAGAUUUAGCCAAAUCGAGAUUGAUGAGCAUGAAAGCGGACGAGAAAACCGGCAAGAUGCCGUACGCCGGGACGUUCGAUUGUUUGAUUAAAACCGUCCGAAGCGAAGGCGUCGGCGCGCUCUAUAAAGGCUUGGUCCCGACCACUGCCAGACAGGUGCCGCUGAACGUCGUCCGGUUUGUAAGCGUGGAAUACUUUAAGAAGUUCUUCGAGAAGUUUUGA